CCUGAAACCCGGCGGCGGCGCGCCCCGGCUCACCCCGCAGCCUCACCCCCCCCACCCCCGCCCGCGCCAGACUGCGGUAGAGCGCUCACGAUGCUGCCACCCGUGCCCUCCCGCCUCGGGCUGCUGCUGCUGCUGCUCUUGUGCCCCGCGCACGUCGGGGGACUGUGGUGGGCUGUGGGUAGCCCCCUGGUCAUGGAUCCUACCAGCAUCUGCAGGAAGGCCAGGCGGCUGGCAGGACGGCAGGCUGAGCUGUGCCAGUCAGAGCCGGAAGUGGUGGCAGAGCUCGCCCGGGGCGCAAGGCUGGGGGUCCGAGAAUGUCAGUUCCAGUUCCGUUUCCGACGCUGGAACUGCUCCAGUCACAGCAAGGCCUUUGGGCGCGUCUUGCAGCAGGACAUCCGAGAGACAGCCUUCGUGUUUGCGAUUACUGCAGCCGGCGCCAGCCACGCGGUCACGCAGGCCUGUUCCAUGGGAGAACUCCUGCAGUGCGGAUGCCAGGCACCCCGCGGGCGAGCACCGCCUAGGCCCUCUGGCCUUCUGGGCACUCCUGGACCUCCAGGGCCAACAGGUUCCCCAGAUGCCAGCGCCGCCUGGGAGUGGGGAGGCUGCGGAGACGAUGUGGAUUUCGGGGAUGAGAAGUCAAGGCUCUUUAUGGAUGCCCAGCACAAGCGGGGACGUGGAGACAUCCGGGCACUGGUGCAGCUGCACAACAAUGAGGCGGGCAGGCUGGCGGUGCGGAGCCACACGCGCACCGAAUGUAAGUGCCACGGCCUUUCGGGUUCGUGCGCGCUGCGCACCUGCUGGCAGAAGCUGCCUCCGUUCCGCGAGGUGGGCGCACGGCUGCUGGAACGCUUCCACGGCGCCUCGCGCGUCAUGGGCACCAACGACGGCAAAGCCCUGCUGCCUGCAGUCCGCACGCUCAAGCCUCCCGGCCGAGCCGACCUCCUCUACGCCGCCGACUCGCCCGACUUCUGCGCCCCCAACCGGCGCACCGGCUCGCCCGGCACGCGCGGCCGCGCCUGCAACAGCAGUGCCCCGGACCUCAGCGGCUGCGACCUGUUGUGCUGCGGUCGCGGACACCGCCAGGAGAGCGUACAGCUCGAGGAGAACUGCCUGUGCCGCUUCCACUGGUGCUGCGUGGUGCAGUGCCACCGCUGCCGCGUGCGCAAGGAGCUCAGCCUGUGCCUCUGACUCGCCGCCUGCCUCGGAACGGCGCGCCAGCCGCCUCUUGGCAAUCUGCAGGACCACUGGAUUCCAGCAGGGGGCGCUGUCCGGGUCCAGCUGCUCCCUAGGAAAAUGACAUGUCUAGGCCUUGGGAAACUACAGGGGCUGGGAGCUUGGGGUUUACACCUGCCCGCCCAGGCCUGAGGACCCUGCUCCUCCAGCAUCCCCCGGAAGGGCCCUCUGCGGGAGACUAUGCAGGCUCUUCUCCCUCCCUUUGGCCUCGCAGAUGGAAAUAAAAAAAGCCAGACUCUGGCCUCUGGAGAUGAUGCUCCUCAGAAUUACUGGAGUGGAUUACAAUAAAGACAUUUAAAUCAAUAGGACAGGACCCACAGUUUGAGGGGAGGUAUUCCUAGAGGGCCAGGAUAUGGAAGGGAGUUAGGUGGUCCUGAUAGAACUAGCGUUUUGGCCUGGAUCUGUAAUCCCACCCAUCACUGAGGCAGGGGAAGGAGAGGGAGGGCUCCUGGAAACCCUGUAGCUCUCCUUCGGCACCCCUUUGUUCGUUCCCGUCCACAUCAGGCACCCGAAUCUUGAGAACAAGUGAUUCCAUUUUAAAGGGACACAAAGGGCCCAGCAGUUUCUAGCUGUGUGCUCAGUUGUUGGGCCUUUGUGUUCAUUUUUAGGACAUCAUGUCUGUUUCUGCAACUCCUGAGGAAAUCAAGGGUAGACUUUUGGGGUCGUGAGAUUAAAGCUCUUUAUAAACUGAAAAAUACAAUGAAA